AUGGGAUUUCACCCCAUGAGGCACCCGCCCUCCCCAUCCACCGCAACGCCCGCCAUCUCGCGCCCCCCUCCGCCCGCCACCUGGGCCUGUAGGGGGAGGGAGGAGCAAGCCACCAGGGCGGGGCGGCCCGGGCUCAGGGCGCAGGGGCGGUGGCAGCGGCAGUCACGUGGGGGGCUCCUACUGGCGGCGGCGGCCCCGCCCCGCCCCAGGUCGGGGAGGCGGUGGCGGCGGCGGCGACGACGAGCAGGGAGGGAGGGGGUGCGCGCGCGCGGCCGUUGCACCUGGCGUCGUCCUCGGGGCUCAGCGUCGUCAGGACGACGGGGCCUCGCCGCCGCCGCCGCCGCCAUGGUUUUCUCAAAUAAUGAUGAAGGCCUUAUUAACAAAAAAUUACCCAAAGAACUUCUGUUAAGAAUUUUUUCUUUCUUGGACAUAGUUACUUUGUGUCGAUGUGCACAGGUUUCCAAGGCAUGGAAUGUUUUAGCUCUGGAUGGAAGCAAUUGGCAAAGAAUAGACCUUUUUAACUUUCAGACAGAUAUAGAGGGUCGUGUUGUGGAAAAUAUAUCGAAAAGGUGUGGUGGGUUCCUGAGACAACUCAGUCUGAGAGGAUGUCUUGGUGUUGGAGACUCCUCUUUAAAGACCUUUGCACAGAACUGUAGAAACAUUGAACACUUAAAUCUAAAUGGGUGCACAAAAAUCACUGACAGUACAUGUUACAGUCUUAGCAGAUUCUGUUCCAAGCUGAAACAUCUGGAUCUGACAUCUUGUGUAGCCAUCACAAACAGCGCUUUGAAAGGUUUAAGUGAGGGUUGCAGAAAUCUGGAACAUUUGAAUCUUUCCUGGUGUGAUCAGAUUACAAAGGAUGGUAUUGAAGCACUGGUGAAAGGGUGUAGUGGACUAAAAGCACUAUUUCUUAGAGGUUGCACACAGUUAGAAGAUGAAGCACUGAAACACAUUCAAAAUCACUGUCAUGAACUUUCAAUCCUGAAUUUGCAGUCCUGCACACAAAUUUCAGAUGAGGGUAUUGUAAAAAUCUGUAGAGGAUGCCAUAGACUUCAGUCACUGUGUGUUUCUGGCUGUAGCAACCUUACAGAUGCUUCUCUCACAGCACUUGGUCUAAACUGCCCAAGGCUGAAGAUUUUGGAAGCUGCAAGAUGUUCACAUCUUACAGACGCUGGUUUUACCCUUUUAGCACGGAAUUGUCAUGAGCUGGAGAAAAUGGACUUGGAAGAAUGUGUUUUGAUAACUGACAGCACAUUGAUACAACUUUCAAUACACUGUCCUAAACUACAAGCAUUGAGCUUAUCUCACUGUGAAUUGAUCACUGAUGAUGGGAUUCUUCAUCUGAGCAACAGUACGUGUGGUCAGGAGAGGCUCCAAGUGCUGGAGCUUGAUAACUGUCUUCUCAUCACUGAUGUAACUCUGGAACACCUGGAGAACUGCCACAACUUGGAGAGAAUCGAGCUGUAUGACUGUCAGCAAGUCACGCGGGCUGGAAUCAAAAGAAUCCGAGCUCAUCUACCUCAUGUGAAAGUUCAUGCUUACUUUGCUCCAGUAACUCCCCCUCCUUCAGUAGGAGGGAGCGGACAGCGCCUCUGCAGAUGCUGUAUUAUUCUUUGACAGCCAUCUGCAUGCCUGCGCUGCCAAAGAAUCCUAAAGGUGCAUCUUAAAAGAUAGAAAACAACAAAACAAAACAAGACCCACAGCCAAGAAUACUAGCAGGUAAAUUCAAGACAGCUCUUUCCUUAAAGUAGUUCUGGGGAGGGGGUGGAAGGGAAUCCCCCAAGGAACCCAUAUUACUUAAUACUGCUCCCCCCCCAGGGUUAGUGCACACACACAGUGACUGACUGCUCUGAACUGCAUUAAACCUGCUUGGAGCACAAGAUGUAGAUGGUGAAAGGAAAAAUCGGUAAAAAGCUGCAACACUGCAUGUCUUUUUAAAAAUAAUGAUGUACAUGGAAACUUAGAUUGAAUGUAAACAGAAUUAUGGGACAAAACAUUUUGACUAAAUUUCACUGUUCUUAUUUCCACUAAUUACAUACAUACAGGAAAGCAAAAAGCUAUUUCACUUCAAAGUUGCGUAAACUGAAAGCUCUUUACUUUUGAAAGUCACACAGUCUCUCUGCAACAAUUUAUCUUAAGUGUUAGAUUUAGGAAGGAUUCCUUUGCUAAAAACCAACAUGGAGCAAUUGGCAUACAUAACAGUGAAUAAAAUUAAGGCACAGCAAUCAAAAUAUUUUUACUUUAUAUAAUGGAAGUUUCUCCUAUAUCUAACACUGCACAAGGUAUCUUGCACAAUGAAAAGAUAAGCAGAAGUCCCUUACACUGCCUCGCUUUGCCAGAGAAUCACCGUAGUCUGCUGGCAAAGUCCGCUUGCUGGACUUUUUCUGCUCAUGUUCAACUGCAUCUUCAAUUAUAGGCUCAAGCCUCAUCUGGACAAACACCAAAGAUUUGGGUCAAUUUCUUUUCAUUAUACAGCGAGGAAAGAUCUAAAAUCCUUUUAAAAACUUCUGAAAUCUUUAGAAAACUCUAUAGAACUCACUGGUGUUUAAAUAAAAAGAAAAUGCAAAAACCUAUUGAGGCUCUGGCCUUAUAUUACAUAAUCUACAAAAAAAAAAACAACACCACAGUUUGAAGCUCAAACUUAGCAGAUAAUUAAAUUCUAGAUUCCCCCUCCCCUUUUUUUUUAAAAGGCUUUUCAGCUGCAAGCUUUUUAGAUCUGUACCAAAAGACUUGCUUUAGGAUGCAAUGCAGUCACUCAUACAGUGUUUGUUCUUAGAGUAUGUUAAUACAAGCAUCUAUAAUCUAAAUGAAGUUUACUAAACAGAAUCUUUAAAUUUAAUGUUGCUGUCCAUUGGACAAGUUUGUCAAAUGAAGAGCCUAUCUUUGUGUAGAACUCCUUCUUCCCCAACCUUUCCAAGACUGCAUCUAUAUAUUUUCUCCUCAGCAGAUACAAUUCUUUUUUGUUACCUCUGUGAGAAUUGUGGUGUCAUAUGAAGGCUGAUACUUUUCUUUUUCGUGUGCAGUUCGUUUUUCCAUCUUUUCUCUGUCUGUCUUCUGUUUCCUGUCUGCUCCUUUUGGCU